ACCUGUACCGGAGAGGAGAGGGCAAGGACGAGCGAUACUGUGCCGGUGCUUCUCUCUCUCUCUCACACACACAUACGCAUACGCGCACACACACGCACGCACGCACGCACGCACACACACGCACACAGGAAUAGAGACGCAUAGACGCGUGCGCGCGCUACCGGCCCGAAGCCGGUUGCAUAAAAAAAAAUAAAAAGCAACAACAACAAAAAAGAAAGAAAGAAAGAAAGAAAGAAAGAAAGAAAGAAAGAAAGAAAGAAAGAAAGAAAGAAAGAAGGAAAGAAAAAAGCAAAAAGAAAGAAAGAAGAAAAAAAAGCUCAUUGAGGUGCUGCUGAUUCUAAUGUAAUAUUUCCAUUUCGGGAAAACAGAAAGGGAUUUAAAAAGAAAAAAGAAAGGAAAAAAAGGAAAGAAAUGCGCGCGCUGUCGGUGAGUCUGUGCCUCGCGCUGCUGGUGCUGCUGCCGGUGCGCGCGUGCGGUCCUGGCCGCGGUUACGGCCGGCGGAAGCACCCGAAGAAGCUGACGCCGCUCGCGUACAAGCAGUUCAUCCCCAAUGUGGCGGAGAAAACGCUGGGCGCGAGCGGGCGCUACGAGGGCAAAAUCACGCGCAACUCGGAGCGCUUCAAGGAGCUCACGCCUAACUACAACCCGGACAUCAUCUUCAAGGACGAGGAGAACACGGGGGCCGACCGGCUCAUGACCCAGAGAUGCAAAGACAAGCUGAACUCGUUGGCCAUCUCUGUGAUGAACCAGUGGCCGGGGGUGAAGCUGCGCGUGACUGAAGGAUGGGACGAAGACGGACACCAUUUUGAGGAGUCGCUUCACUACGAGGGCCGAGCCGUGGACAUCACCACGUCCGACCGAGACAAGAGCAAAUACGGUAUGCUGUCGCGGCUAGCUGUGGAGGCCGGUUUCGACUGGGUCUACUACGAGUCCAAAGCUCACAUCCACUGCUCCGUUAAAGCAGAGAAUUCAGUGGCCGCGAAGUCAGGUGGUUGUUUUCCCGGUUCGGCUCGGGUGCGCCUGAAGGAUGGAGUGCUGAAGGAGGUGAAGGACCUGAAAGAGGGAGACGAGGUCCUGGCAGCGGACGAGACGGGGAACCUUGUCUACAGCGAGGUCAUCAUGUUUGUGGACCACGACCGCACCAAGAGACGAGCUUUCUAUGUCAUUGAGACCAGGAAUCCACUGAUGCGGGUCGUCCUCACCGCCGCGCAUCUCCUCUUUGUUGUACAGAACUCCACGCUGACCGAGAUAUUUGCCAGCGAUGUCACACCGGGGCAGGAAGUCAUGAUACUGGACAAGGGAGGGCAGCGUCUUCGUGCGGUCACGGUGGAUCGUGUUUACCAAGAAGAACAUAAGGGGUCCUUUGCGCCGCUCACGGGUCAUGGCACCAUUGUAGUGGACGACAUCCUUGCUUCCUGUUACGCCGCAGUAAAGGACCAAAAGCUGGCGCACAUAGCGUUUGCCCCCGUCCGCUUUGUCCACAAGGUGGCGCCGUUUUUGUUCACCGGACCGGCCCAGGACGGUGGCGUGCACUGGUACUCUGACUUUUUGUAUCAAAUUGGGACAAGGAUUUUAGGUGAAGCUGCUUUUCAUCCACUCAGCAUGGAGGACAAGAGCUGAAAGACAUCUCUGUCUUUCUCUCACUCUCUCUUUAUAUAUACGUAUAUAAAUAUAUAUAUCAAAGACUAAUGUAGGACACAAGACAAUAUUAGAAUCAAAAUAAAAAGAGACAAACGGGGCCCCCCUUUCUGGGUGAGGAAAAAAAAGAGGAGGGAUAUUUAUUAUUUUACAGACACCAUCUCAAAAAAAAAUGGGAAAAAAAGAGAAAGAAAUGGAGCCUUAAAAGUGUCCUGAAUAAUUUAUUCACACAUGAACUCGGGCUGCUGAUCUCACACACACACACACACACACACACACAGGAUUGUGUUUCAGCAUGUGUGUGUAGCAUCCGGAUGUGCAGAAUCUAUUUUUGUAUACUUAAAAGAAAGAAAGAAAGAAAGAAAGAAAGAAAGAAAGAAAGAAAGAAAGAAAGAAAGAAAGAAAGAAAAAUGAAUGAAAAAUGUUGUGCACGACUGAGGCAUGUGCCGAUCGUCUCACUUUCCGCAACCUUUUCUUCGUCUUCGUAAAAACUUACGACGUGACAAGACGGCUGAAAUUUUAACUUAAACCCCGCCCAUUUUCAGACUUCAGUCAAAACCGUCGUGUUCUCGUUCAAAUUUCUCCAGUAACAAAAAAGACUUUAAAACGCUGCCACCUUUAAGGGGACAAAAAAAAAAAAAAAAAAAAAAAAAAAAAGCGAGGUCAUUUUUAAAGGUUAUAUUCUCGGCACAUGCCUGCGUGCGUCUGUCUGUCUGUCUGUCUAUUUGUCUGUCUGUCUGUCUGUCUGACUGACUGACUGACUGUUAUAUAUAUUUUUUGGGAUUGGGGGGUCCAUAAAUUAUAUUUUUCUACACAGAAUUGUAAAUUAGAUUUUGACUGUUUGAUCGUUACCGAAUCACUUGAAAUAGUGUAAAUUAUGAGAAUAUAUUUUAAUUUAAAUAGUCACAGAGUUUCUUUGUGCUAUUCUCCUUUUUAUUUGUAUUAUUAUUAUAAUUAUUAUUAUUUUACUAUUAUCAUCAUUAUUUUUGUCUUAAUUUUUACCUCAUGUUCUUUUUUUUUUUUAAUUUCCCUUUUGUCCUUGAUCUUUUAUGGAAAUCAGAACUGCACAUUUUGGACGUCUCACUCUCCUAACCGAAGAGUUACAGACUGAAUCACAACGUAACUCGUGUAAAUUUACUAAAAAAAAAACAAACCUAUUUUUUCUUUCCUCCAUUUUCUUUUGUAAUAGGUAAAUAGUUUUAUAGGAGUAAAAUGUAGCAGAUAUGCACAGGCUCAUUGUGUCAGGAAAUGUAUAGAGAUGAUUAUUUAUAUGUUUAUAUUAUAAAAAAAAUGUGAGAAAGAAAUGCCGUGUGUUUCAAGAACUGAUUUAUUUCCCUCUUUUACUGUGAGAAGGUUUUCUUGUCGCUAGAUUUGAGUAUUAACACAAUUCGGAUAUAUUGCUGAACUUCAGUUCAAAUCCUACUGUAUUAACGGUUACUUUAAAGGGGGGGGGUGGCG